AUGGUCCUGGAGCAUCAGGGAAUGCUGCAGAAUCUGCAAACGCUUGGCUCGCAGCCAGCCCUGCAACUCUAUGCGGCGGCCGCAGCCGCCCAGCUCGCCCCCCGCAACCGCACCAACGUUCCCCCGCAAUGGGCCCCCUUCCUGCAGUUCGGUGUGCCGAAUGUAUUCGGUGGACACUUCCUGACGCGGCCCCGGUUCGGGCCACCGGGCGCACCGCCCAACCUGACCGCGCUGGGCGGCUUACCCGGGGGGCUACUGAAUGGGGCCUCCCAUCCCAACAUAUCACCUCACCGCGCCAUGCAGGGACCACCGAGCGAGGAUUCCAACGAUGAUCGAGGAUCCGCCGCCGAUGGGGACGACGAAAGCAGCGCAUCGAAACGAAGACGCUCGCGAACAAACUUCAACUCGUGGCAGCUCGAAGAGCUGGAACGAGCCUUCUCCGCCAGCCACUAUCCGGACGUGUUUAUGCGCGAGGCACUGGCAAUGCGGUUGGAUCUCAAGGAAAGCAGGGUAGCGGUGUGGUUUCAAAACCGAAGGGCCAAGUGGAGGAAAAAGGAACACACGAAAAAAGGCCCCGGCAGACCCGCGCACAACGCCCAUCCGCAGUCCUGUUCCGGUGAACCGAUCCCGCCAAGCGAACUACGAGCGCGAGAAAAAGCUCGCCGUCGAAAGAAGAUUGCAAAGGCACUCGAGCGACAGGCCCGGAAACUACGUGCCAAGGGCAUCACGGUCGAUCUGGAAGCGCUCAAGGCCGAGUAUCUGUCCCAGCAUCGCAACAACUCCGGCAGUGACUCGGAGGAUGACGAUGACAACGAUAACGACGAUGAGGACCCUAUCGAUGUGGUCGGUGGAGCGGAAUCGGGCGACGAACCGGAGGAUUGUUCGAUGCAGCGCCGGGAAAGUGUCGAUGGCGAUGCACUAGAUGAAACGGGCAGUGACACCCCGCGCAAUAGCAUAAGGCCCAACCCAUUUAGCAUAGAAUCGCUUCUGUACAACACGUGA